AAAUUGCAAGUGAAAAAAAUUUUAAAAAUCAAAUUUUGUCAUACAUUAAGGCCAAAAUGUAUUCUGCAAAAUGUCUUUGCUAAAAAAAUCCAAAUGCGUGUUAAUUUAUUGGUUUAUGUGAAAGUUAUAGCGUCCAGGGGCGGACUGACCAUUUGGAAACUCGGGCACUGCCCGAGGGCCCGGGAUGCUCCUGGUACCUUUUUCAUAGGCUUUUUUGAGUUUGGGCAAGGACACAGGGGCCCCAUGAUCCCCUAUUGCCUGGGG